AAAUUUGAGUUUAAAAUUGAUUUUUCUUUCUCUUUACAGGUACCCCCGCCAGAAGGACGGAAGCACCAAGUCGCUGGAAUCCUCUGGAGUCGUCGUCGGUGGAAAUUUAAAGAUGUAUGGCCCAGUUUGUUGCGGCCGCAGGGUGCGCGCCACUUGCAAAUUUGAAUCGGGCCGGCUUGCAGGUACCCCCGCCAGAAGGACGGAAGCACCAAGUCACUGGAGACCUCAGGAGUCAUUGCCGGUGGAGAAUUGGGGAUGUUUGGCCCAAUUUGUUGCAGUCGCAGGGUGCGCGCAACUUGCAACAUUUGAGUUGGACCAGCGUUGCAGACACUCCGCCAGUUGUCAACAUUGAGGUUCCGAUGUGGAUCCCGCGCAGCCGUUAUUGCGGUCAUUUUAGAGUUGCUGGCAACAUUUGGCGGUGGAGUCUGCCUGAAUUUGGGCAGGAAACUCAUCGCUUUAAGUGGAUUCGUUACGCUCUACGUCUGCCAAUAAGCUGCCAAACUGUUCUCUGGUUUUUUCUCCAGUUGUCAGGGGGUCCAGAACGCUGUCAGUUCCCGCGCCGCCGUCUCGUUGCAAGGAGAGCUGCCGAGUUGGAUUUGGAAAUAGCAUGGGCUGGAUAUGCAGUGCUGUGGAUUGGACGCAAUAGUUGUCACUGGAAGUCAUUGAGGGGAAAAAGACGAAUUUGGAGUGCGCGAAUUUUUUCACUUCCGACAUCAGCAGCGCCACGCAAAUGGUCCACUGUGACGAGGGUAGACUGUGGCAUGGAGACGCCAUUAAUUCUCGUCAGUUUGCUGCGACAGUUGCGUUGCCGUUGCUGAUUUUGGGAAUCGCUAGGGUUACGCAUGUAAAAUGAAUUCGUCUAUUUAAAGGGGUUUCGUCAGUGUAACCUUGCUGCGGGAAAAAGUCAAAUUCGAGGGUCACGAUUUCGACCUUUUGCCGGGUCAGCAGCGCCUCGCCUAGGGUCCAGAAAGUCGAAGGGGCAUCCCCACAUGGAGACGGUAUCGAAACAUUAUACGUUUUAUAUGUUUUAAGUGCCAAAAUCUCCAUUUUCGGUUACGUCAAGUCGGGAAGUAGUAAGUUGCGUAGUUUUAUGCUUUUAUUAAUUUAUUAUAUUCUUUUUCAGGGAUGUUGUCAGUAUACCGUUGCUACCAGGAAAAAGUCGAAUUCAAGAGUCACGAUUUUGACCUUUUGCCGGGUCAGCAGCGCCGCGCCAAGGGUCAAUAAAAUCGAGGGGCUUCUUAACAUAGAUACGGCAUCAAAACAUUGUUAAUGUUUUAUAUAUAUUAUUAUAUAGCUCUCUGUUUUAUGUUUUGAUUAAAUUAUUUCAAUCUUUAACAAAGAUUUCGUCGAUAUUACAUUUCUGAGGAAAAAAGUCAAUUUCAAGGGUCACGAUUUCGACCUUUUGCCGGGUCGGCAGCACCACGACUAGGGUCUAUAAAAUCGUGGGGGAAUCCCAGUAUGGAGCCGGCAUCAAAACAUUGUAUGUUUAUUGUGUUUUAACUGCCAAAAAGUUAGUUUAUCCAUUUCGCCAAGUCGGGUCGUCUUUUAUCGUCGAGUACGGCUUUAGGAGAGAUUGCAGCUGUUGUUUCAUGACAUUUCGAAGGAUAUUCAUCAUGUUUUUGCCGCGCGUUGAAUUCAUCUAUGCGGGUCCUAGUGGGUGACAUCCUUCACGUCCUCUUCGUAGGGAUCAGCAGGAAUACAUCGUCAAGAGGCUUUUCGUCCGGAUUGCUUUCUGGUUGUCAAGAGGGAAAUUAGGCGAGUUGCUGCCGCUAGGGUAUAGUUGCU